UGUGUUCAUAAAGUGAUAAGCCGGAGAGUUGAUAUUUUGAUUCUUGCUCUACAUUAAUUAAAAUUGUCCAUACGGCUCGUUCCACGUGUGGUCUGCCGGCCCCAGAAAACCCUCCAAAAUGCGAUAAUUUUACCCAAAUCGCCCCGACAAACCACCUGUCACUUUAUUUCGAAUGUUUUCCGAUCAAAUUAAUACUUAUCAACUUGUGUAUUUCGGCACACAUCCGUUUGUUUCUUCAGUUUUCACCCGUUUCGAAGUAAUAGUGUACCAGCAAUAAGGUUAUGGUACUACUCAAUUUUCAUCAUAUUUUUAUACAUGGGCUUCUUUAAACUUGUGAGGUCGGCCUUUUAUGUCAGUCGUAGUGCUCAGCAGAAACUUGGUUUUCCUUCAGUGAUCGCCAAUACCGACUUUUGCAGCUUCAUCUCAAAUCAAACUAGGUCCUUUGCCAAAAUGGCUGAGUCUGGGGAGAAGUUAUCAAAAAAUGAACUUAAGAGAAGGAUGAAAGCUGAUCAGAAAGCAAAGGAAAAGGCAGAGAAAGAUAAGGAAAAGGCUGACCUACCAGCUGCGUCAACUAAGAAACAGACAGCAGCGCCUGUAGUUGAAGAAGAGAUCAAUCCCUCUGAAUACCGGCGUAUUCGCUCUCUGGCAGUUAAUAAGUUAAAAGAAACAGGGGAUCAUCCUUACCCUCACAAGUAUCAUGUCUCAAUUUCAUUAGAUGAAUUUAUUGAAAAGUUCAGUCAUGUGAAAGAUGGAGAGAUGUUGGAUGAGGUUGUAAGUGUAGCUGGACGGAUCCAUGCUAUCCGUGAUUCUGGAGCUAAGUUGGUAUUCUAUGAUCUUCGUGGGGAAGGGAAAAAGAUUCAAGUCAUGGCCAAUGCUAAGUUAUAUGAAUCUGAAGAACAGUUUGCUGCAGACAUUGGAAAGAUUCGCCGAGGUGAUAUAAUUGGUUGUCUUGGCAAACCUGGUAAAACAAAAAAGGGUGAAUUGUCCAUUAUGCCAAGUAAAAUCACUCUGCUCUCUCCUUGUCUCCACAUGUUGCCUCAUUUACACUUUGGAGUGAAGGACAAGGAAACUAGAUACAGGCAGAGGUAUCUUGACUUGAUCAUUAAUGAAGCCACUCGGAAUAAGUUUAUUAUUCGCACCAAGAUUAUCUCAUAUGUUCGUCGCUUCUUUGAUCAGAUGGGCUUCUUAGAAGUUGAAACUCCUAUGAUGAACAUGAUUGCUGGCGGAGCCACUGCCAAACCAUUCAUUACCCAUCAUAACGACCUGAAGCUUGACCUAUUUAUGAGAAUUGCCCCUGAAUUGUAUCUUAAAAUGUUGGUUGUUGGUGGUCUAGAUAGAGUGUAUGAAAUUGGAAGACAGUUCCGUAAUGAAGGUAUUGACUUGACUCACAAUCCAGAGUUUACCACCUGUGAGUUUUAUAUGGCAUACGCUGACAGUAAUGACCUAAUGAAAAUUUCUGAAGAUCUCCUAUCUGGUAUGGUGAAAAGCAUAUUUGGUUGUUAUCAAGUUAAGUACCACCCUGAAGGACCAGAAGGCCCUGAAGUCACCAUUGACUUCACUCCACCUUUCAAACGCAUUUAUAUGUUCCCUGCUCUUGAAGAGAUCCUCAAAGUGAAGUUACCUGAUCCCACUAAAUUGUCUUCACCAGAAGCUGUGAAGAUGCUGAGUGAUUUGUGUGAGAAGCAGGGUGUGGAGUGCCCAGCUCCCAGAACAGCUGCACGUCUUCUAGACAAGUUAGUUGGGGAGUAUUUGGAGGAAACCUGCAUCAACCCAUCCUUCAUCUGUGACCACCCUCAAAUUAUGAGCCCCUUGGCCAAGUGGCAUCGAAAGACACCUGGUCUUACUGAAAGAUUUGAGCUAUUUGUCAUGAAAAAAGAAGUGUGCAAUGCAUACACUGAAUUGAAUGACCCAUUUGUGCAGCGAGAAAGAUUUGAGCAGCAAGCUAAAGACAAAGCUGCUGGUGAUGAUGAAGCCCAACUAAUUGAUGAGAACUUCUGUACUUCUUUGGAAUAUGGUCUGCCACCCACUGGUGGUUGGGGUCUAGGAAUUGAUCGUCUUACCAUGUUUUUGACCGACUCUAACAAUAUCAAGGAAGUUCUCUUGUUCCCUGCAAUGAAGCCUGAUGAUCCCAGCAAACCAAAAGAAGAUGAAACUAGUGAAAGCUGACGGGGCUGUGAUUGCCACCUAUGUAAACUCGGAAUUACUGCAGAUGGCUGUAUGCUACUAACAGAAAAUGUUUGCUAUUCAUUUAAGACAUCCAGUGUUAAAAGUAGAUUUUAGAAUUGGAAAUUAUUUAUAUUUAUUUUUAGCUGUAGUUCCUUGAUUAUGUUAAAUGCGAAAUAGAUUUGUGGAGUUUGAAAAAGUACUCAUUUUAAAAUAA